CACGAUUCGCACGCCAGUCUCUCUUCACAACUCGAACGUUACGCCUGCUUUUCCACACUUUUUAUUGGUACACUGGCGUGCGUCGAGUUUAUAAACAAACAUUCAAACAGUGUGCUACCGUUUAUUUACAAAUAUGGGUCCGAGUGAUAUGUGCAGUACUUUUCGCCUGAAUUGUAAAUGGUUGUUGUAAAUUGUCGAUUUAAAUAAUGUUUAUCCAAUGUUACGAUCUGUUAAUGAUCGAACAUCGUGAACGGUAAUUGCCUAUUGGAAGCUGGUGAUUGUAAAUAUCUCACAGUGAGAGUAACAAUACUCGUAUGUUAAUGAUCUCACGUGUUGUGUAUGGGUGUAUUGAUGCGUGUUAUAAUUUUUUUAUUGUACUAUAUAUUACAUUAGGUAAAAAGAUACAAGUAUGGCGCAAAAUAACAGUAACUCUACAAUGGAGAUGGGAACCAGUGAUCAGGUCCUGGUUUUUACAAAAAGAAACAAGAGGCUAACGUUCGUAUUAGCUAUCGUCGCUAUGGUGGCCAUUAUAGGUGUGGUAGUGGCAUUAGUUGUAGUCUUCUCAGGCGAUAAAGGAGGUGACGCCGAGCCCAUCAUAUCGACGACAGCAUCAACACCUACUAUUGAGACAACUACCGAAAUACCUGACAGUAGUAGUACUGUUAGUACUACCACUACUAGUACAGAACCGCCAGGAGGACCAGAACUAGACUUGGAAUCAAUUAUCGGCGAGGCGUUUUCGCCACCAUCGUUUGAUGCAACUUGGUCGACAGGUAACAAUGUAAUAAUCCGGGCCGAAAAUGGUGAUUUAGAAUUGUACGACAUUGAAGCUAAUACUACUAAAAGACUUGUUACAAAUACAUCCGAGAUUCUACACCGAUCUACUAGGAGUCCGUUGCUAUCUCCAGAUGGUGAUGAAGUAGCGAUAGCAUAUGACGUUCAACAGGUAUAUAGACAUAGUUUCCUGGCGUUGUACUCCUCUAUCAACGUUGAUAGUCAAACAUCCGUUUCCAUUGUGCCUCCAGGCUUGUCAACAAGAUCAAAUGAAGCCUUCCUACAGAACCUUGUAUGGGGGCCGUCUGGUACCGCGUUGGCUUUUGUCUAUUUAAAUAACAUCUACUAUAAGUCUAACUUGACUAAUGAGGCACAACAAAUCACAACUUCUGGACAGUUGGACGUUAUUUAUAAUGGCAUCCCCGAUUGGGUUUAUGAAGAGGAGGUGUUCUCGUCUAACAACGCGUUGUGGUUCUCGGCUGACGGCACGAAACUGGCGUUUGCAACAUUUAACGAUACUGAAGUGAGAACUAUGAAGGUACCUCGCUAUGGUGUGCCCGGCUCUCUUGAGUACCAGUAUACGCUACACCAUGCUAUCCGAUAUCCCAAGCCUGGAACAACCAACCCGACAGUAACAGUCACCAUUCAGGAUCUUGGGUCCAACACCAAUACGGUUUUCUCUGCUCCCAGUGAUCUUAACGAGCCAAUCUUGAAACCAGUAAGUUUCGUGACAAACGACACGAUCGCGCUGAUAUGGACAAAUAGAGAGCAGAACAACUUAGUGGUGGAACUAUGCACAUUCGGGUCGACUUGUACAAGGGUAUUUUCUUAUAAUGAAACAGACGGAUGGGUUGAUAACAUCCCACUGAUUUUCAAUGAAGCAGGAACGGCCUUCAUUACUAUUUUGCCACAAACCGUCGGAGGUGUCCGUUACAAGCAAAUAAUUCAAGUGUCCCAAGCAACAGGCGUGUGGUCUUCUCAAAAUCGCAUUAAUACCCAGAACACGGUUCUUGAUAUACUAAAGUGGACCUCUGAUGAUGUCAUUUGGUACAAGGCCACAGCUACAAACGACUCCUCUGAACAGCAUAUAUAUAGUGUAAACAGCAGUGGUGCAGUAUCCUGCUUUACUUGCAACAUUGGUGAUGAGAACAGUUGUCGUUACAACGAUGCAUCCAUCAGCGAUGGCAACCUGAUCACUAUCACCUGCGGUGGUCCAAAUAUACCACAAGUGUUCAUAUACAAUCUUAACGGUGCAUUGGUGCGAACUUGGGCCGACAAUAGCCAGUUGACAUCACAAUUGGCAGACAUAAGCAACUUCCCUGUUACUUUCCGUGUAUCUGUACCAUCUGAAUCUGGACUGCCCAAUGCCGAUGUGCUCAUCCAAGCUCCACCUGAUUAUGCACAGCGAACAAAUGUACCGCUGCUGGUUUAUGUCUACGGUGGUCCGGACACGGCUCUGGUGACCAAGGAGUGGUUGCUGGACUGGGGCACGUCGCUGGUCAACCGGUGGAACAUCGCGGUGGCGCGGAUCGACGGCCGCGGCUCGGGGCUGCGCGGCGUGGACAGCGCGUUCGCGGUCAACCGGCGGCUCGGCACCGUCGAGAUUGAAGACCAGAUCAACGUCACCAGAUACCUGCAACAGAGUCUGCCCUGGCUCGACAGCAACCGCACGUGCAUAUGGGGCUGGUCGUAUGGCGGGUACGCGUCGUCGCUGGCGCUCGCUCGCGGCGGCGACGUGUUCCGCUGCGGCAUCGCCGUCGCUCCCGUCGUCGACUGGCGAUUCUACGAUACCAUUUAUACGGAGCGAUAUAUGGACACUCCUGCUAACAAUCCACAGGGCUAUUUUGAGUCGUCGCUUCUUACAGAGGAAGCUUUGGAGUCGUUCCGCGGUAAACGUUACUUCCUGGUGCACGGGACGGCGGACGAUAACGUUCACUAUCAACACGCCAUGCUGCUCUCGCGCCAUCUGCAGAGGCGAGAUAUAUACUUCGAGCAAAUGAGUUAUACCGAUGAAGGGCACGGUUUAAUCGGAGUACGGCCACAUUUGUAUCACGCAUUCGAGAGGUUCCUGCGUGAAAAUUUGUUGUAAUAUAUUGUAUUUUUAAGGAUGGGUAAUAUUUAUCAAUAUCUAUAUAUUGCGGUUACAAUAUUGAUACAUAUAUUGACCCAAUAACCGAUAUUUUAGAUAUCGGUUAUGUAAUAAUAUCGAAAAAAAGAACCCGCUCGUAAUGAAUAUAGGUUCUUGAUUGGUAUGACCGGUAUCGUAAUGGGUGGUCAUCAAAGUCCAGAAGAUCAAUAUAUAGAUAUCAGAUAUUACCCAUCUCUAUGUAUUAUAGAUAAAUUAUUUAUUGACCGACAAUUUGAAAAAAAAUUGCCCACGUUUCAUUAGAAAAUUGAGUAUUAAAAUGUUUUAAAAUUUAUAUUGGAAUGUUCCUAAAAUAAUUCACGUGACAAUGAACAUUGAUAUAAAAAAAAAAAAAAACUAAGAUGUAGUCACUGUAGACUAUCUUAUCUUAUAUUCGCAUAUUGGGUCAGCUAAGCUAUUGCACGUCGACCCAUCGGGAUCUUUUGUGUUUCCCCCUGCCUUAUACCAUCAUUUCAUAGAUCCUUUGUGUUACCUAAACGAUAUCCUGCGGUUUAAGAUAUCUGUAGUCCCCUGGCUUUGGAUAAGCCGUUCUCAGUAGCCUCAUGCGCAUGCUCGCUAACGAAUCACAGUUGCACAUCAAGUGUUCCAUGGAUUCCGAUUUCUCCCCGGAUGGGUCUGUCCGAAGAUAGACCCAUCUUGUGUAGUAUAUGCCUUAUUGGCAUAUGACCAGUUAAGGCACCCAUAAUGAGUCUUGCCUGUUGUCUGCCACCGCUGUAGAUGAGUUUAUCCCAUCCUUCAACAUUGUCAUUUAAGAACUUUUUAGAAUGUUUAAGACCAUGCAAAUUCCUCCAUUCUUUUUGCUGUUUUUUCCUCAAGGGCAAAGUUAAUAACACUUGAUGCAAGUGCAACAAAUGGUUCGGGACCUAUCAUUUUUGAUUCUGAUUACUUUCUCGCCACUGUAGACUAAAAGCGUCAGUGAAAAUUAAUGCAAUCGAAUAAAUAAUGCACUUAUUUGUAAUCAGUUAGUUUCGUUUAAUUGAGUAAUAAUAAAAUUUGUCAACAAUUGACUACCUUUGUAACGCAGUAGUGAGCACAUUACUUUUAGUAAAAGAGGUCCCGGGUUCAAUUUCUGGUUAGUCCAAUUUAGGAAAUAAACUUUUUCGAAUUAGCUCGUGUCUGGGUGUUGUGGUUUGUGCUCCCAGAAGUUUUUUGCUUGGUUUCUUAUAAGAGACACUAUCCUAGCUAUUUUAACUCUUGAUGGUUUGAUUAUGUAGUACUUACGUAUUAUACGUCUGACCAGAAUCGUAAACUUCUAUACGAGAUUAAUUUUUUUUUUUAUAUCAAUGUUUACGAAAUUUCAUUUGACUCGUGACAAGUCAUCUUUUUAUAUCAUUAAAUAAAUCAUAUUCCUCAGGCGCUUUAAAAACUACAGAAAUAUUGUUUUUUUUUCUUCAAUAUUUGUAUUGAAAACUAAUUUCUUAAUCAAAUAUCGGUAGUAUUUUUUACGUAUCAGAUAUCAAAGUUUUAUUUUUCAAGUACUUACUAGGGGAGGUGAUUCAAAUUAAUUCUUUUAAAAAGAUGUACCGAAGCUUAUAAUACAUUCUACAUCUACUUAGAUGAGCAAGAAUAAAGAUGCCAGUUAGAUUUUUUGCUCAAUUGUUAUUAUUAUUUUUAGACUAUGCAUAAUAAUAAACGGACUGGGUAGAACUGACACUCAUAUGUUUUCCUCUAAAGAACCCUUUUCCCCUAUCAUCAUCAUAUCGGCCCUUAAUCGUCCACUGCUUAACAUAAGCCUCCCCCUUGGGAUGUUUUGUCAGUAGUUGCCACACUUGGCAGGCAGAUUGGCAAUCGCGGUCAGGCUUUAGAGAUGUUUUAAGAGAGACGCUGUUGCCCAUCCCUCGCUUUUCCUUAGUCAUUUUUUAUGACACUUAUGGGAAAGGAAGGGGUGGUCUAUUUUAUGCUGGAACCACACAGCCACACUAUUACUCGAUUUAAAACAUAUUUUAUAAUAUGACGUGACUGAGAGUGAACGACCCAAAUUCUCGCUUUGAUAUCUUUUGUUUGCUAGCCCUGACUUAAUAGGACACGAAUUGGACGCGAAUCGUCAGCGCGCCAACGUAGUUAUUAAUAUUGAAUUCACGCUAGUGUCAGUUCUACCUGGACAUUUAUUCGUAUGUCGUUUGAGUACCUAUGUAAAUAAAACAUUUUUGUAUUGAAUAUAUCAAAUAAUAGUAUUAUUUAUAUAGUAUAAUAGUAUUCAAAGUGUUUCAAGGCUUCACGUUACCUGUUUAAUGCAAUAAAUAGUUAUUAAAUUCAAAUUAAUUAUACAGGGUGUAAUGGAAAACAGUUUUUAAAAUUCCGCAGUUUAAACCUAGCACAAUAGAAACUAAAAUAAUAUAUUUACAGUACAGCGCAAAAAACAUGUCAGAAAACUGUCAGUCAACUGUUGAUUGACAUAUAUUUUUUUUUUAAACAAAAUGCACCUAUUAUUUUUACAAUUCAUAAUUGUAAUAUUUCUGUGUAUCUAAUCAUGCACACACAGAUGAAUCGUAAGUACAGCCAGUGACGGAGUUAGCUGUUUUUAGCGUAGUGUUUCUUGUAGUCUGUCUAUAUAUGUGUUAUUUAUGUGUAAGUAUUAUAGUAUAUUUACAAAAAUAUAUGUAUGUACGUGUAUCAGUCGUUCUCUAGUCUGAAACUAGAUGCUGUUUAUUAUUUAAAAUAUAUAUAAUAUAAUACUGUACUAGUAUUAUUUAUAAUAGAGAUAUAGGCGUACCUAUUUGGAAAUCUAAAUAAUUUUCUCCAAGGGACAUGGGCCGAAAUAAUUUCAAUCAUAUUAUGAAAGCAAUUUUUGAACCUUUUACAGUAAAUUGAUCACGUGAUCGCGCAUCUUAUAUUAUUGUCGCCGUUUACUUCUUAAAUUUUCAUGUUUGGGAAAGAUGUAUACAGUAACAAUUUAGUAUUUAUUUUUCUUUUACAUUCCGUUACACCCUGUAUAUGUAAGAAUAGUGUAAAUAGUAUAAAUUCAUUUUUAAGAAUAAUUAUUCAUUUUGACGUAAUAGAGUAUUUUAUGACAAUUUUUACCAAGUGUUGCCAAAUCUAAUCUAAAUCAGUAUAACAGGGUUGCGAAUUUUAAUUCUUAUGUUAUUAUGUAUUACCGAAAUAUACUUAGGUAUUAUGCAAUUUACAAUUUGUUUCUAUGUAAAUAUUUUAUGUACUCAAAGUACAAAGUCCUAAUAAAUGUGUUUUCUAUA